AUGACUCAGAAUUAUGAAACUCAGCCGACUGACAUCGAAGUGCUGAAGAAAAUGGAAGAUGAACAUCUGCGGUUACAUAGACAGUUCCGCAUGAUCCAAGUGGAUCGCCUCCACCGCACGAUGGGAGUGCACCCGCAGUUCCGGAGACAGGACGAGCUGCUGAGGAUCCUGAAGAAGGAGUACUGCAACCUCUGCAAGGAUUUGAAGAUAGCAAGAUCUGGGGCUCAUAAGAAGAAAGAUAAGAGAAUGAAAGUAGAUCUCAAGAACUCGCUGUUACAGAGAGAAGAAGUACAACAGGAGGCUGAAGGGUCACUAAUGACAAUGGAACAAAUAAAUGGAUUGAUACACAAAAAUAACAAAGCCACUCUAGAACUGAGGAAACUCGCCAGCGCUACAGAGGGAAUGCUAGAAGAGCGUCGCUCCCAGAGCGAGCACCGGCUGGUGUCGGCUGAGAACAAGCUGGAGACAGCCAUGCUGAGGUUCAACACCAUCCAGUGCGAGAACAAGAAGAUCCGGCUAGAGAUAGACCAUAUGCUGCAGGACAGGGCCCUUUUCAACCAAUCCUGGGAGAAGAUGCUGGCAGCAUUGUGCAAAGGCAAGAAGUUUCUGGACGACCUGUUCGAGUCGUCCACCCUGGCGUACGACCAGAGAGACGAGUGGUGCGCCAAGCUGAGGACCAUGCAGGAGAAGGGACGCAUAGACCAGAUGCUGCAAGUUCAGGAAAUGCGAGACCUAGUAAAAGCCUUCGACCAUGAGAUGAAAGUGUACUCGUUCCUCGCGACAAAAGGCUUGACCAGGGUCAACAGGAAACAGGAGGAGAGAGAGGAGUUGCAGAAGAGGAGAGACGAGGAGAACAGCAGGAAACAGAAUGAAUACCACAUGGAUCUGCUGGAUAGUAUUGCUGACUACACAGGAGAAACCAGCCAAUACAAGAUAAUAGAUCAAUUCCAGAAGAUAGAGCAGGAGAACUUCUCCAUGUAUCAGAUGCUGACGGAGUACUGUGCUGAAAACGACGUCUUGUCCAGAGAAGUGAAGGCUAUUCGACAGGCUAUACAUGACCGCAGAGAAUGGAACGAGCAAAAAGAAAAUAGGAGAAAGACCAAACUUGAGAUACUGCGCGAACGUCUCGAAGCACAGAGAGCCAAAACAGAAGCAUUGAAGAAAAGAAAUGACGAGAAGAAACAGCUCAUUCAUGAUGUCAUGAAUAAAAUCAAUGAUAUGUUCACUAUGCUAGACUGCAGCCUGGAGCCAUUCCAGCACCUCCUGGGCGACAAGCGACCUUCGGUGCACCAGCUCAACCUCUCCCUCCGCCUCAUCACCGACAGGAUCAAGGAGUACAAGGAGAACGUCUAUUAUUUCGAGCACUGCAUCAAGAAGAGUGACAAGACAAGCUCUUCUCGUCUCAAGAAGUACACGGUGCAGGUGGAGCCUCCUGCCUUCUUCAAACCAACACCUAUCGAAGUUCUGGUGCCCGCUGACCCUUGUCCUUCUUGCGUGGAAGCUCGCUGGCUGUCCCGCAUAUGGGACGGGCCGGAGUCUCCAUUCGAGAAAGGCGCAGCACUCACCGCGCUCCGAGAGCUGUGCGCCGACCCUGCGUACAUUCGCAGCGACCGCGUGCACACUAUCACGGAGUGCAUCGUGCCCAGGAGUCGAGCUUUGCUCGCCAAGCGAUAUCUUAACCAUUAG